AUGUUCUCCAGCGGUGCAGCAGGCACGCCCUCAGCCGCGCAGCGCACCACUCGCCGCUCGACCCGCGCUGCCCGCGCAGCGUCGGCCCUCUCUGGAGCGUCGACCCCGCUCGUCGCCUCGCCGCCUCCUCCCGGCCUCGCCCCCCAGCAGCAGCAGCAGCAGCGCACGCUCGGCGCCAACCUCGCCGUCACGACCAAGGCCCUGUCGAGUGCGGCCCCGAGCCGGCGCACGAGGAGCGUCGCCGCGGGCUCCGACGCCGGCACCAGCGCGACCAUGCUGAUGGACGUCGACGAGGCGGGCCAGUCGCAGCAGCACCAGCAGGGCAAGGACGCCGACCGGCUGCUCGUCAAGGACGAGAGCUACGCCAUCACCGAGCGCAAGGGCUUGCCCGUCGAGGUACAGGAGGCCAUCGCCGCCAGCGACCCGUACACGCUCCCUGUCAAGGCCGUCCUCGACCCGAUCACCGGCUUCGCCCUCCUCGUCAGCUCCGACCGGUGCUUCGUCUGGAACUGGGCGAGCCGCGCCGGAUCAACCACGACCUACGUCUUCCCCCUCCCGGCACAAGCGCCCUUCCCUCCCGGCGUUACCGCCGGCUCGCCCCUCUCGUUCGCCUCGCUCGUCCCCUCGGCGUCGCAGACGGCCCAGCGCGAGCCGGGCCUCAUCGCCGUGUCCAACACGGGCACGAUCCGGUUCUGGGACUCGAUCUCGCUCUCGCUCGCCGGCGCCGACCGCUUCAAGUCGGUGUCGCUCGCGCUCGCCGAGGGCGAACUCGUGCGCCACGUCGCCCUCGUCAGCCCGACGACCUACCUCGCCGCGACGUCCCAGUCGCGCGUGUUUGCGCUCAGCGUUGCGUCGCAGGGCGGGCGCGCGACGCUCGCGGCCCGGCCGUUCGAGCGCGCCGUCGGCUGGGCCGGCAGCGUGUGGUCGGCCGUCUUUGGCACCAAGACGGUCGACCCGAGGGCGGGCAUCCUCGCGCUCGCCGUCGCGCAGCCGGCGUCGAGCGCGAUCGGGCCAGGAGCAGGAGCGGCGGACGGCGCGCGCAGGGUGUACGCCGUCCAGGAGAAGAGCGCGCAGGUGUGGGACGUGCCGCCGAGGGGCGAGGGCGGCGAGCGGCUCGUCGCCGAGCACGACGUGUUUCAUGCCGUGCUCGAGGCGAUCGCGGGGGAGAAGGUCGGCAACGAGCAGUGGGCGAUGAACGAGGGCAAGGUCGAAAUCGUCGACGCGGCCGUCACGGCGACCGGCCACCUCGCGCUCCUCGUCUCGCACGUGCACGAUGCGACCGCCGACGAGUACCGCUCGUUCGCCAUCGUCCAGCUCGACGUGCAGCACGACGCCGUCACGCCCAUCGGCCUCACCCUCCUCGCCUAUCAGAGUCGCCCGGACCCUCGACCGCUCUCGACCGCAAGACUCAGCAUCGGCGCCGGCGAGGUCGCCUUUGUCACGUUCCCUGACGCGGUCGUGAUCGCCUCUAUCGCUUCCGACUCUUCCUUCGAGGAGGCCUUCCCGCUCCGCCAGAACUCGACCCGCUUCCUCGGCCUCUCGAUGCCGUCGUACCUACCCGCACCUCCCUCCCCGACCGAGACGCUCUCCCUCCUCACCUCGUCGCCGUCGCUCGUCACCGUCACCGUCUCGGCCCCGCAUGGCUCGCAGCAGCGCGUCGUCCCGGGCGGCGUCGAGGCCCUCAAGACGCAGCGCCUUAAGACUCGGCUCGAGCAGGCCAUCUUCUACGGCACCCGCGAGGCCGAGAACCCGCUCGCGUUCGACAUCCAGCCCGACUUUGAGGGCGACCUCGCCAAGGCGUCGACGGCCGUCAGCGCCGACAUCCUCGCGUCCAGCUCGAGCAACAUGCCGCUCAUCCUCGACCUGCGCGCUCAACUCGCCGACCGCGUCCACCGCUGCAAGGCGCUCGUCGAGUACAUCAACGCCAACGGCAUCCUCUCCAAGCUCCCGCAAUCGGCCCGCAAGCAGCUCAGCUGGGACGCCGAGCGGCUCCAGGCCGCCGUCGCCCUGUGGGCGCACGUCAACGCGCGCAUCGGCGCGUCGGGCCACAGCAUCGUCGGCGACGCCAUCCUCACGUUCAUGGACGAGGUCGGCGAGGGCUUCGGCGAGGACCCGCUCCGGCUCUUCUUCCGGACCAAGGUCGGCGCCGUCGGCAACGUGCUCGAGGAGGUGGCCAAGCAGGCCAAGGGCGUCGUCGACUCGAGUGUGGGCGCCGAGGACAAGAGCGAGAAGCUGUUCGAGGCGAACCAGGUCAUCCUUGCCGCUUUCAAGGCCGUCGCCCGCCAUCGCGCCGACACGGCGCAGCACUACGGCUUGACCUCGUCGGCCGAGCCGACUGAGCCGUGGUCGUCGCGCCCGGUCCUCCUCGAGGCGCUCCAGUGGCACUUUGACGCGACCGACGCGCUCCUUCGCGAGCGGGUGCGCGAGCUCGGAGCGCAGCAGCGCAAGGGCGCGGUCAAGGGCGAGCCGGACGAGCUGAGGAGCCAGAUGGCCGGCGUCGCCGAGUUCGCGUUCUCGGCGUUCGAGGAGCGUCUGCGGUACCUCAAGUCGGUCAACGGCGACGCGGCGACGCCUGAAUCUCGCCUCGUCACCGAGCGCUACUACUCGCUCCGGCCUCGCUUCAUCAACACGCUCGUCGCUGUUGGCAAGGUCGGCGCCGCGUUCGAGCUCGGCGAGCGUCACGGUGACUUCAAGUCGCUCGUCCGCCUGUCCAACGACGCAGCACGCGGCUCGUCGGCGCGCAUCUCGGCCUACCUCGACCGCUACGGCAAGGACUUUGCGUUCCCGCUGUACACGUUCUACCUCGAGCACGGCAAGUUGCGGACGUUGCUCGAGCCCGAGGAGGCUCACCGCGACCUCCUCACCGAGUUCCUCGACUCGACCGACAACGACGAGCUGGCGUGGGUCAACGAUAUCGCGAUCGGGCGCCUCGAGCACGCGACCGACGUCCUCUUCACGGUCGCCGAGAAGGAGCAGAACGUCGCACAGAAGAAGAUCAUGCUCUCGCUCAGCAAGCUCGCCCAGGUCGCGCAAGUCGACACGCAGUCGAUCGAGGAGGUGCACGUGCAGCAGACGCUCGAGACGCUCGACGACAACCUCGACCUCGUCAACACGCAGGACGGCCUCCUCGCCCUCUUCGAGUCGCUCCUGUCGGGCCAAGAUGUGCGCCUGUCGCCGGCGGAGCGGGGCGAGGUCAUCGCGGCACGUGUCGCACCGGGUCUCGAGGAUCGUCCGGCACUCGCUCAGCAUCUCGCGACGCUCGUCGGCAAGCUGUUUGAGGAGCGCACCCUCUCCGCCGAGGACUUGAUCGACCUCCUCACGCUCAAGGAGAACGUCGGCGAGCAGGCAGGCGACUUUGCGGCGGCGCUCGACGUCAUCGUGCGCGCAAAGGACCUUCCCGCCGAGCGCCGGCAAGUCGCUCUCGAGAGCAUUUGGCGACGCGUGUUCAUCCAGGACGACUGGGCGUCGCUCAAGUCGGCCGUCGGCGUCAGCGACGAGGAGAUGGCCAACGCCCUGCGCCACACGGCCUACUACGCGACGCUCGCCGCUGCUUCACGGUCCGACCACGAGCCGUCCGACCUCCUCCAGCCCGCUCAGGCCUUCUCGACCGCGACGCCGACCUCGCUCUCGGCGCGCUCGCCCGACCUUCCUUCGCCCUCGGUCACCCUCCUCCUCAACGACAUCGAACAGGAGAGCCGCCUCUUGAGCGAGUGCGUGCAGAACGGCCUCGAGGCGUUCGCGAGGGAGAUCGUGCGGCUGCUCGAGGAGGGUACGCCGGUCGUGCAGGAGGAGGAGCUUGGCGGCGAGGCUGUCAUGGUCGAGUAGCGCAGCCUGCUGGCCCUGUGCAAGACGUGCCGUCCACGCUGUU